AUGCACAUUUUUGGCAAAAUCGCCUAAAUAUGUCUGAACAUAUUUAUAUGUAUCAAAACCUCGAAAUAUGUAAAAACAUUUUUUUGACCGGGUGACCUAUGCCUGAUCAUAAGCGAGAUCCAUAACUUUCAAUUCAAGCCGGCUGUUAUUGAAAAAGUUUAAAAUAACCGGACUCUGAUCAUAACUUUUCAAGCAAAUACACACGUGAUGCAAUAUAUGUAGAUAAAAGGUGGACAUUUCUUCUUGGUGCAAUCAUUCCGAUUUCAUCGGAUUAGACGUAAACAUGGGAAAUUUAUCUAUAUUCACGUGUUCCUUUCUGACUCUCCUGUCCGCUCUGGCCAUCAUUUGCAAUGCAUCCACGAUUCCAUUCCGUCGCGCAGAAGGAACCGAUGGAACAAUGCGAAAUCCAACAGUGUCCACAUUUCUAGCAGAGAAUGACAAGUUGGAUGGAUUCACCGUUGCCGAAGAAAUGGAGGCAAGACUCGUCCAAGCUGCAUUACUGAACCGGGAGAAACGUCAAUAUCAUUACGGGAGACGACAAUACUAUGGACAAACCCGAUCGUACAACAAUGGCUCCCGGAAAGGAUAUUACGGUGGUGGAUACCGUGGAAAUAAUAACGGAUACAGAAGAUUCAAUAACGGGAAUAACCGUGGAUUCGGGAUUAUACUUUACAAACGAAUUUACUAA